AUGGGAAAAUCAAAAAAACGUCAUCGAGAUGAUUCAUCAGACGAAAAAAGCGGUAGGAACAUCAAAAAAAGAUUAGACCCCUUAGAAAAAUUAAUGACAAAUUUUUUUGAUGAUCGUGAUUACUAUGAUCGUCGAGAACAUCAUUCUCGGAGAGAUGAUCGAGAUUAUAGACACCGACGUAGGUAUCACCGUCAUGAUACGCCAGGUCGCUAUGAUAAUGCUUCUCGAUCGGAGGUUUAUGACAGUUCCGAUGGAAGUCGGUCUUAUAGCUGUGACAGAAGAGAAGAUGAAUUUAACGACCAUUACGUGACAGAGGACCCGAAAGAUACAACUCAAGAAGAUGUUGGCAUCGGUAAAACACUAACCACAGAUAAAAGUGUCAUCCCUGCAAAGGAUAAUGAUUCUGGGCAACUUCCGCAAGCUCAGUCAACAGACACUACUGUUACGGUCACGGAGCAAUCUACGCUAACUCAGUCAACAGAUGCUACUGUUACGAUCACGGAGCAAUCUACGCUAGCUCAGUCAAAAGAUGCUACCGUACCGAGCACGGAGGAAAUGUCUGGAGAACAACCUUUAGAUCAAGUGGUUUUAAAGGCGAUCGGAGACCUGUUAGAACCAGAUAGGGUGUUACUGCCAGCUAUCCACAAGGAUCUUGCCAUAAGAGUCGAGGAGAUCAUCAACAAAGGUCUUCCAGUGGCAGAGAGAAAAACUUUACUAAAAAAAUUUCCUCCUCCAAAGAAUGGUUUAUUCAUGGACCCACCUAAACUCAACUUUGAAAUAAAGACCAACCUGGCAGAGAAUAUCGUCAAAAGAGAUGAUCGAAUUGUUGAAAAACAAGCUCGAGUUUCAGCAGGUCUUUCUGGAUUAACUAAGUUAAUGUCUAUGAGCUUGCAACUUCCACAGGAUCAGAAGUUAGCAAUGUUAGAAAUACUAGGUGGUGUUUCCAGAAUCUUAGCAGAUCUUCAACAUGAGGAGUCUGAAAUUAGAAGAAGUUUGAUCUUGAAAAACAUUGAUCCUUCAAAGCGUGACAUACUUAAGUCUACAGUGGCGGGCGAUUGCUGUUUGGCAAAACUCUACCCAAGAGCCCAAAAGGGGGCCCGACUUGAAGGGCCCGACUCGUCGCACAUCACAGAGGUCACAGUACAACUCGAUGACGAGCGGGCAAAAACCAACACCAGUUCAGAGAUCGUACCGGAGCCACAAGCAACCGAAGAAGAAUUACCCGCAAUUGAAGAAAUAACUUCAGAGUUUAAUGUAAGUUGUCCUGCAGGACGGUUAAAGUUUUUUUACAGAGCUUUGUCCGAAAUUACUUCCGACAAAACCAUUUUGAGCUGGGUCCGUGGGUUUAAAAUUCCUUUUGCUAGGAAAGUGUUCCAAUUUCACCCUCCAUCUGAACCUCACUGGUCUGAGGUUGAGAAAGUAGCUAUAAGACAGCAGCUAGACGAGUUGUUUCAGUUAAUUCCAUCCAAGAGAUGUAAAUUUUUAGGACUUGUUUAUGAUUCAAAAAAAAUGAUUGUCGAACUUCUAUUAGAAAAGACAAACCGAGUAACUGAGUUGGUUCGAAAGUUUGAGCGGACAAAAAAAUACAAGAUAAGAGAGUUUGCUGCCUUCAUUGGCACUCUAGAGUCUUGCAGUCCGACACUAAAAUAUGGGAGAGUUCACAUGCGUGAUUUUGAGAGAGCCAGGUUCCUUGCUCUGCGAAAUAGUAAUGACAAUUAUGACCGAUACAUUUUCUGCAAAAUCAACGAAAUAAACCCACUUUCUUGCACAAUACCUAACGUACUAGUAUUUUUGACAUCGCAAUAUAACCAAGGCGCGACUCAUGGAACUCUGAACAGCUUUCGGUCGGCGAUAGCACUCAUUUAUGGCCCAAAUUUUGGAGAAAAUCCAGAAAUCAAGAGGUUCUUCAAAGAAGUCUCAAAAUUGAGGCCACCCAGACCGAAUGUCGGAGACAAAGCUAUCGAGAUAAAGAUUCCCGAAAACAUUAAGACAUCGAAGCUCAACAGAAAUCAACCCGUGCUAUCAAUUCCUUUUUAUCCAGACAAUGCUUUGAUUUGUCCAGCUACC